CGGCGCUAGGCUUAGCUUAGCCUCAGCUCAGGCCGGGAGUCAGGCUGCUUCAUUGAAUCACAAGUGAUGCCGUAUCUACAAGAAACAGAAUGAUUCUUGCAAUGACUUAGUCUUUUCAAAAGAACAAGUACAGAGUAAAUAAGUCAUACUCACAUUGUAGAUAACCGUGCGACGAUAGUUUCUUUCCCUCAAUUUCUUUUAAAGCAACUAGUAUUAAUUUUUGAGCAGAUCAUCAAGUCACUGUGUAGACCAGUAGCGACUGUGCAUGUAGUAGUUCGGUCGUAUCGGGGAAACCGCCAGGCUAAGCUAAACUCACGCUGGUCAGCGGAUUACAAGUGCAAGGAGCCACAGCUAGCAUGAGUGGAGGACGUAAUGCCAGUCAGGGUGGGAGUGGUGCUGAUCACGGUGUUCACGCGCCCUGGGUCAUGCACAGGGCGUCGGGAGAGGUGGUGCGCGUCUACUGGUGGCACAGGCUCAACAUCGACAGCGCCCUCGUGCAGGACCUGGUUCGGAUUGUGGCGGCAAGGUGGGAUGACCUCGCACGCAUGCUGACCUGCAGCGAGACAAGCAGCGAGCGAUACUUCAAGCACUACGACAUUGAUGCGUUCGCAGAGGAAAGCAGGAACACCCAGCGAUGUCGCAAGAUGCUCAGCAAGUGGCUGCAGGCUUGUGAUAGCCACAACGUGGGCGCUUUGUUCAACGCCCUGCACGAAUCCGGGUUUGGAAGGGUAGCUGAUGAAAGACUCAACGGACCACUCGGGGACCAUGUUCAGCACAUAAUGGCAGUUCAAAUAUCAGACGCAGUUGGUGAGGGGUUCGUAUCAUCAUCAGCGUCAGCAGCAGAAGCAGGAACAACUGGUCUCACUACUGUGCCUGUCCAAGAAGGCUCCACUCUUGCUGGAUGUGAUAUCAACUUCUCGCUUGCGCCUGCACACAGACUGGAUGAGGUCUACGAGCAGCUGGAAGGUAUGCUGGAGCUGGGCGAGCAGCGCAGACUGGCCAACAUCAUCCUGGAAACGGUGGGAUAUCCGUCUGGCGAGACUGCGGCACGCAACGAGGCCACGUCCUACCGCUGCUCUUUCUUCAGAGCCGUGAUGAUGCUGUGGACGCGGAAAGCCGAGAACGCCGACGGACAUGCUUUCCUGGACGCCAUGCGCAAGGUGUCCGUGAAGAAAUCCCGACUCUGCCAACGCUAUCUGAUGCUGGGAUCAUAGACAUGGUUGCCAGGAAUUGGCCAUGUCUCAGUGGCACAGAACUUGAGAAGCUGAUGAUUCUACGCUUAGCGAAACAUGCUUCUCGGCUUAUAGUGUUCAGAUGUUUAUCUAUACUUUCCCGGCACACGUCCACGCCUGGAAAGCACCUAGUCUCCCUGCACCCGCCCACAAACACUGGACUUACCAUUGUCCUAUGUCGUGGCACAGCGGGAUCAUUGGCGUGAGCAGACAUGGUGGAUAGCAACAACAUGAUGUCGCGACGUUGAACAGUGCUUCGUCGACAGGUCUGAUCAGGGGAGCGCAGAGUGACUUGUUGCACCUAUCACAGUGAAGUCAAGUGAACACUGACAAAGCAUUUGACUAGAGGAGGGAUGUGUGAUGAUUUGCUACUGCCGCGUGGACUCUUGCAAUUCAUAAUACAGUACACCUACCGGUACUACUGUCCACACUAGUCUAGCAGGACGUCACUUAUUCACCCCAAUUCAAUGUUUUCCAAAGAAUAUAUUUUUUGAAUCUGCUAAAACUAAAGCAUCGAAGUCUUGCUGAGUUGAGCUAUAGAGCUAGAGAGCUACAUGACAUUGUACAUGUACAUGCAAGCCUACAUUUAUAAUACCCUACUUUUCUCUAUGAAACUAUUUUCUAAACAACUGGGGAGGACCAAUAUACAGUCGUCCCUCUGUAAUCCGGCACUUGUUUAUCCAGCACCCUUCCAAACCAGCUCACUUUUUGGCAAAACGGAUUUUUUCAGUUCAUUUUGUACGCUUUAAUCCGGCACUUGAAUUCCGCCCCUAGCAGCGAUUUUCUGCAACAAAUCGCUCAACUGCACAUACUUCGGUUUUCUAAUCCAGCAGUUGUACACCACA